AUUGGUCUCGUUUUUAGUAGACCAAUCGGAAAAGCUGCCCCUGUGUAUAUUACGUUGGCCUGAAUACAUUCCUGUAAGGAAGUGGCUUCACAUUCAAUGGAAACAUUAUCCAGUUGCGGCCCGUGUAUAUAGCCAAUUUAGAUUGCAACAUGGAUCGAAUCGCAAAGAUGGCUUCGAAAGAUUUUCAUGACAACCCUCUCGGAUUCUUUAGAGGUGCUGCACAAUGCGAAACACAUGAUAGAUUGACGGGUUAGAAUAUUUCGUCACCACAUUUGCCUGUGACCGCUUCAACGCGCCCGGAACGAAUGGGGCCACCCGACGCCAUAGGAUCACUUUUACAGUGCUGGACGCCUCACAAUUUGUGGAUAGGCAGACCUGUACACUGAUGAACGAACCGCAAUGUCUGAAACAGCCGAAUGCGACCUUUGCGGAAAUUACAACGCCGUCGCCGCAACCGUUGGUCUGUACAAAGGAGACAUGGCACGAGCGGCAAGCAAACAAGUAGAAGAUUUGGAACGCCUUUGGGAAAAGCAAUUGGAAGAACGUACACAUUCUCCCAAUGCUGCAAAGUCGACUCUCAGUGAAAAGACAGAAUCGACGCAUACGUUAUCACAAACAAGCGUACGCACACCGAACGCUGGUUGGAAUCGCGUGUGUCGGUACUCCAGAGAAUCAAACAGAAGUAGUCCUUCGCGCCAAAUUCAAAGUUCGCUUCCGAAGAUUGCCUCGGCUCUCCCCACUUCAAACACGACUCUAACCACCCCGAGCCGAGCAACCACUUCCACGGUAGGGACCCACCAAGUCGAGCAAGAUCUUUCUCGCCAAGCUACUUACAAAGAAGAAGAAAACUUGGUUCUUGAUCACAGCAAAGAAGAGCAGGAAAUGCGAGAUUAUUCAUUUUACGCAACACCACUCUACCCGGGCAAUAGAAUUGCUAGAGAAAAAAUCAAGUCGGCAAAGAAAUCACGUACUUGCCAAGGGCACCAACUGCAACCACAUAUGGUGCCAAACAGUCGAAAGAAUCGAGCGCCCUCCUUUGUACUUCCAAGUGAGAUUAUAAUUCCAGUAAUAGUGGAACAAAAAUCUACCAUUGGUCACAGUAAGCUACCAUGGAACUUCUCUAUCAAACACUGGGAAUCAAGCAUAGACCGCGGAAGACCGUGGUUAGUAAGCCCCUUACCAAGUCCGCACUCCGGAACAGCUCAGAAAAGCAAAAGCACACACAAACCAAUCCUACCAGAUGACAUGGAAUGUGGCUCGAUUUAG